AUGUCACUGGCAUCCGCGCUCCAGCUCCCCUACAGGGAAGCCCGCGAUGGCUUCUGGGGGGAGCAGACGUCCACCCUGAAUUGGUGCGAAGAGGAUUAUAACAUUAGCUUCUACUGCGCCGAGGUCGUCAACACGCUCACCAACCUGGUCUUCAUGUGGCUCGGGAUCAAGGGCCUGCGGAAUGUGCUCGCCUACGCCCACUCAAAGGUUUUUGUCCUGGCCUUCCUCGGUUACAUCGUAGUCGGCCUGGGGUCGAUGGCCUUCCACACCACCUUGAAAUAUGAGAUGCAGCUCGCCGAUGAGCUGCCCAUGAUAUACACGGUGUGCAUCAUGGGCUUUGCCACGUUCUCGUAUAGGCGGCCGGCGAAGGUGCAGGCCUUGAUUGCGGCUGGGCUGGUUGGGCUGGCCGUUUUUAUCACGGUCUACUACCUCGUUGCCAAGGACCCGGUCUUCCACCAGGUUGCGUACGGCCUCCUCACUGCCUCCACCAUCUUCCGCGGCUUCUACGUCAUGGAAAAACACCUGCGGCCGAAGCUGAGCCAACGAAAACCGGCCGAGUGUGAGCGCUACAUGCGCGGCAUGUACACGCUGGCGCUGACUGGCAUCUUCAUGUUCUUGGCCGGGUUUUUUCUCUGGAACAUGGACAACAUCUUCUGCCACCACCUGACCGCCACCAAGAAGCAAAUCCUGCUUCCGUGGUCGGUGGUACUGGAGGGCCAUGGAUGGUGGCAUAUCCUGACCGGCUUAGGUAUCAGGUUGAGCUUGAUGUUGGUUAAUGCGAACUUUGAACCAAUGUUGCGCUUUGGAGUUGACCCUUAUUACCGAACUACCACCGCUCCGUUAAGACGAACACAGCAUCGCCAGAUCCGUACCAUACACAUCACAAGUGACAACUCCCGCUUUCUGCGUCACUACACACCGAAUCCGAGUUUGAGCCCAGCCUUAUUUCGAGUGCCAUCUGUCAACAUGUCAAUAUCCAACGAGGCGCUGCAGAAGCUGGUGAGGGAGAUCGAGUCGCAGGCUGCGGCCGCCCAGCAGCAGAUCAGCCUGGUGCGCACCCAGACCGCGAGCAAGCAGCGCGAGAUGCGCCUGGCCCAGUUGACGCGCAGCGAGAUCGCAGCCCUGCCGUCCGAUACAGCGGUCUAUGAGGGCGUCGGGAAGAUGUUCGUCGCUAUACCCGUUCCGACUCUGCAGGACAAGUUGGGCUCGCAGAUUAAGGGGAUCGAGACCGAGGUGGACUCGCUGGGCAAGCGGCUGCAUUAUUUGGAGACGACGGCCAAGAACAGUCAGGACCACAUCGAAAAGAUGUUGAGGGGUGCCGGGCAGCAGUGA